UACAUUUAAGUUGCUAUUCGCACAACAUUUAUUUGUAUUGCCACAAAUUCGACAUUGAGGACACUUAAUAAAUAAAAUGCACCCAUGUGUGCGAUUUGUCCGCACUGGCCAACGCAUUUUAAAACACAGAUGCGUCCGUCAAGUAAAGCAACCGAAUAGGAAUAUGGGUGCAGUGGCCGACGAAGCGUUCGUUCGUGGCCAGGUGCCUAAGCAUCCCAAGUGGUGGUGGCACUUCUCAGCCUGCAUCACGGGUGGCCUGGUCCUCUGGUGUGGCCUCAUGUCAUACAGGCACACCUACCACGUGAUUAAUACAGACCCCAACCCUGUCAAUGAGCAGGUAGCCAAAUGGACAGAUGAGGAGCUGGGUAUUCCUCCGGACGAGGAGGACAUCUAUCCGCCCGGAUACGUGCCCCUCAAACAACGCUAACUCACAGAAACACUCCAGGGAUUAGUUUUACAUAAACUUUGAAAUAUUAAUUUAUAGAUGUGAAAGGCAUAUUAAAGAAAUUGCUUGUUA